GUCCCGGCGUGUCUCGAGAUAUAGAGCCUCAGCUCACAUGUCACAGGCCUAACGAAUGGCCAGGGGUGGCUUGUUACCCACGACAUGUAACUCCGUCUGAUAGGAGUUGGCGGAUGUUGCCACUGCAUGAGCUCCUGCAGCAGCUUUUGCCAAGAUCUACCUGGCUGAGGAUCAAUGUAUCUCAAACGAACUCGUUAGUCUCCGGACUCUUCCUACGGACACCCCCGGAGGGGAGCCGGGACGGUAGAGUCUCAGUUCCAAACAGAGAUAUCAAGUAACUUAUACGUAAACUAACACGUAAGCUCUCUUCCGUGUUUUUUUACUCUUCAAUACGCGCAAUCACUCAUUUUACUGCAUUCCUUGCUUUCUCAUGCUUGUUUCUUAUGGCUGCGAGUUCCCUUUUCUCUUAUCCAAUUCGGUGUAACUAGGUGCACGGCUUUUUAGAAACUACCUCAAUCUUGCAACAUGAAGUUCCUGUGUCUUCCCGGCGCAUAUGGAAGCGCUGAUAAAUUCCAAGUCCAACUAGCACCUCUCGUCAACGAACUGUUGUCUGAUGAUACUGCCCAGUUUCGUUUUGUCGAUGCGCCAUGUGAGGCAGUGCCUCCAGAGGGGUUCGAGGACUUCUUCGGAAAGCCCCCUUACUAUCGCUUCAUCGAACCAGAUGAGAAGGGGACAAAUGAUACUGAUGUCUUGUCUCGAAUUCGAGAUUUUCCCGAGUGCGAUACGGCCGAAGACACAAUGCGAGAACUCAUGAAGGAGGGUGUUGCAAGCAGUGUUAGGAGUACGAAGAGGGCGAUUGAGUACCUAUUUGAGAUUAUGGAGAAGGAAGGUCCCUUUGAAGGGAUUAUCGGAUAUUCUGAGGGGGCUACCGUUGCUUCAACCUUUUGCCUCGCUGAACAGAGGCGGUUCGAAGAAACCGGAAGGAAACCCCAGAUCAAAUGCGGCGUUUUCUUCGCCGGCUGGCCACCUCUGGACCCUGCUACAUAUGCUAUGGUUCUCGCGGAUGAGUCUGAUCUAAUGAUUAACAUCCACACCUGUCACAUCAUCGGUUCCCUCGAUCCCUAUGUCGCGGGCUCAAUGGCUCUGUAUAAUACGUGCGAACCCGACACAGCUUACAUCUUCGAUCACGGCAAAGGUCACACACUCCCAAGAGAAAAAGGCGUUAUCAAGGAGCUUGGAGACGUCAUCCGUAACAUGAUCGCAGAUGCGUCAGAAUAGAAUUACAUGAUAGAAACCCAUUUUAGAUUGCCGCAGCUGUUUAGUUUAUUUCCCGAUGUAGGUGUAGAGAUUUUCCAUGCAG